AGUUAAAAGCCCCCAGAUUCGAAGCAGAAAAGCCCAUCUCCCAACCACCUCCACUCGCCUCCUUCAGAUCCACUCCACCCUCAACUCCGGCGAUCUACCCACUCGCCGCCGGCGAUGGCCGUGCUCCUCCUCCUCCCCGUCCCCGUCCCGCCGUCUCUCCUCUACGCCGUCGCCGCACUCGCGCUCGCCGCCGUCACCCACCUCCUCCACCUCCCCUCCCUCCUCCUCUACGCCCUCCACACCUACAUCCACCCGGACGCUGUCCCCUCCUCCACCCCUCGCGCCGUCCUCCGCCCGCCCGGCGCCGCCGCUGGAUCCGGGAACCCCAAGCAGCAACGCGGUGGUGGUGGUGGUGGUGGCAAGGCGGCGGCGUCUCCGUUCGACGAGGGGUCCAACUCCGCGCAGCUCUACCGCCUCCGCCUCUCCCACGCCACGCUCGCCACGCGCCCGCGCUUCGCCGACUUCCACCUCGCACUCCUCCUCCCGCUCGCGCUGCUGCCACCGGCGCUGCUGCUCCCGGCCUCCGCCGCCGGCGCGGCCGCCCCGCUCGCGCCGCUCCCGCCCGUCGUGUUCCUCUUCGUCGCGCUGCUGCGCCUCGUGAUGCUCCCGUCCCCGCGCCCCGCCUACCUCGCCGCCGCGCUCGGCGCGCUGCUCGUCGCUACGCUGCUCUCGUCCAGCCCGUUCGCCGGCGCGCUCGCGUCGCUCGCCGCGCUCCCCGCCACGCGGUUCGCGCGCUCGUUCUGGCUCGGCACCGACCAGCCCCGCUCUGGGCUCGCCGUGCUCGCGUCGUCCGCGCCCGCGCGCCUGCUCCUCUACCUCGCCGUCCUCGUCUCCUCCGCGGCGUCGAUCCUCCAAUGCUGCGGGUUCCUGGACAGCCCGGAGCUUGAGGUGAAGCUGCUCGCCGCCGCGGCGGGGCUGCAGCUGCUGGCCUCGCGGGCGGCCGUGCAGAUGUAUCUCAACGAGGCCGUCUUCUGCUGGUACCAGCGGCUGCACGUCAGCCGCUCGCCGGACACGGAGUACGGCCGCGCCAAGGUGUUCCUGCACAACCACCAUCUCUGCGCCGUGGCCACGCAGCUCGUCGCGCCGCCACUGCUCGUGCUCUCGCUGCUGGCAUUGUGGCGAGUGCAAGGAAAAGAUUACUUUGAGGGCGUGGAGGAGCUGAACUGGCUUGUUGGGUGGUCGGUUGCCAUGAAGGAGGCUGCAUUGCUCGCGGCGCGGUGGAUCGUUGCGGUUUGGUCGACGGUGACCGUGGGCACGCUCGUGUUUUACAAGCGUGGAUGGUUAUUCGUCUUGUGAUCAAUCCCUUUUUUAGCUUGAUUCUGCGUGAUUGAUUCAGAUGGAGGUUGUAUUUGAUAGAGAGGUUCUACACUGGAUUGCCGGAGUUUUGAUAGCACGGCACAAGAUUUUGGCUUGCAUUUCUUUUGUUGGAGGACGUUGCUGGAUCAAAACUUUGAUUUUUCUUUUUUCCUUGUCUGUUCUUUACCAGAGGAGCAACUUCAGGUUGUUCUUUUCUCUACACGUUGAGCAGAAAACUGACUGGUCAGUCACCCUGUUGUACUAUCACUGUAUCCACUUUAGUGCAUAUCAAUGAAUCAAUUAUUUUUCACCUGGUA